UGCGCGAGGAUGUGGGUUGUGUUGUUUGUGGCUUGCGGCGCUUCCUUCCUUUCAUCGCGAUGACGAGACUUCUCGCUCCUUACCAGUCUACAUCGCCCUCUCCCGCUGUCUGCAAAUGUCCGGCGUACUCUGCUGCUUUUCGUCUCAGUACCGCAUCGAGUGUAUCAUUCCGCAGCCGCCCUUAGCGACGAAAAUCAAGUAAUGACAGCGCUGCUAUGAAAACUGGUCACGGUGUGAUGCGCGAUGAUGACCCUCUUUGUUGCUGCGAGUACAUCUCCAAAGUAGGAGAGCGAUCGCACAUUUUGGCAUGUCUCUGCGACUGCGAGGCCUUGGAUAUCGCGUUUGACAGGCUCCUUACGUGCCGUCGUGUCCCCGCACCUCACUGGUCGCUCGUCAAAGACACGGUGAUGGACCGGAUUCGGGUGCCUUGGCUCGGUGGGGCCAAGCGGUUGGAGACUGAUGUCAUCUCGCCCAUUAUCGUCCUACCGUCGGUCCUUUUACUGGCCUGCCAUAGCUGGACAAUGCUCAUGAUCACAUUUUCGGCGCUGCCGUUUGCUCUGUACUUCAUACACCGGCAGUGUUCCAGAACGAGAACGAGGACAAGGUUCUUCCUCUCGUGGACUGUGUCAUCCCUCGUGGUGCUGCUUGGCGUGUUCCAGCUUGAAGUGGUGCCCUACCUGGAAAUUCUCUUCUCUGAGAACACUGCACUCAUGGUGGCGGUUGCCUUGACCUGCCUGUGUGCAUACAAAGUGCACAACUGCCCACCUGACAUCCUGGCUCCGAGCGUUACUGCAGAACCUGUGGGCAAGUCUGCCGAAGCAACAGCGUGCAGUGUCAGUGUGCCCUACCCGGAGACCGAGGAUUCCAAGUGCUCUGUGUGCCAAGUGCUGCAGCCACCACGCUGCAGCCAUUGCCACCUCUGUGGCCGCUGCUUCCUCAAGAGGGAUCACCAUUGUGUCUGGUUGGACGCCUGCAUUGGCGAGAAGAACCAUCGAGCUUUCAUCCUUGGCCUGGUUUGUCUGCUGGCGUCUCUGGUGUAUGGUGCAAAUCUUACUCUGACCACCGUCUGCCGGCCAAAGAUGCUUUGGGACACCUUCCUCAUUCCAGACAACUGCUUUGAGGUUUACGAAGACAUUCACAUAUCACUGUGUUUCGUGUCCGCCGUGUACGCACUGCUGGUAGCCAUCCCCGUGGGUCUGAUGCUUCUCCAGCAGCUCUGGCUCAUCGCCAUCAACACUACAAUUUACGAGAUGCGCCGGCACAAGAUUGGCAUCCACAGCCGCGGCGUGUGGAACAACUGCCGUUCCUUCUGGUGCCCCAGCUGAAGGUAGCUUGCGAUGCUCCACGCAACAACUGUCCCUUGCGUUUUCCUCUCUUUUGUGAUCCCCGCUGUCACUUCCAGAAAACUCUUAUUUAUUUGCCAUCAUGUUUCAUGGGAUCUUUAGAAAAACGUGUAGUUACUCAUUCUUGUCAGCUUCUGGCUGUACAUUGUCCUUGUGCAAGGUCGGACCAGGCAGGGGAUCCACUCUUCCGUCGCAUGAAGGUCAAGCAUGUGGUGCCCCAAGUGCAUGUUCCGCCCGAGUAGCGCUGAGGCACAUUUUUGGCUGCGUGAAGCAUACACCAUAAUGUCUCAACUUCCGACUAGUUUUUAUUUGUGCUGCUACCUCGGGUGUUCUGUGAAACUUGAAGGGCUAUGUAGCAUGUGCUCACUUUGGGGCAUUAAGGGUUGAAAUCGACGUGCUACUUAAGGGCUAGUCAUAGCUCAACCGCGAAUUUUUGUGGUUCAGACUGCACAUCUGUAUUGUAGUGGUACGACUGCAUCACCUCCACUUAAGUACAGAUGCAUACAUGCCUCUGCGUGAAUGAUGCGUGUGUAGGGCAGUGUGGGAAUUUCCUGCUGGGAAGUCUGUUGAGAUUACCUGGGGGAGUAUAGGCAGGAGGAACAUUUUUUAUUCUUUUAAUAUUGCCGCGAACUAUGCCUCGGCAAUAUUGUUGGUAAUUAAUGGUAAGUUGGAAGGUCUUUUUAUGUGUUUAACAUACCAAAUUUUCAAGCUUUUCGCUACAUUUUAAACAGAAGCAAGCUCUUGGGUAUGUAUGCUCUCUUUAAUAAGCUGCCAAAGGUAGCACAGAGGCACUUAAGAGAGUAGCAGGCAGCUAAGGAGAAUCUCCCAUUGCUUGAGUGUUUAGGACUUUUCCUCAGGAAUCAGUGCUCGCUCCAACGAUCUCUUAUUGCUGUUUUGUUGCUCCGUGAUAUAGCCUAUGUGAAACUUGAUGAAUAUUCUAUGGUCUUUCAGUUUGUGUUCUUUGAUUGAGUUGUGAAAAUGAGCUGUGGUUGCCUUGUAUGAUGAUGUUGCUUAUGAUAGGCGUGUACAUAACUAAGUCAAGGACGUGUUCUUUCUUGCUUACUCCAUCCCCCCUAGUGAUUUUCGUGUUUACAGAAAGCUGCUGUUGCGGCUUUUCGCAAGUAUUAUACACUGUGGAACGUUC